AGUUUGGAUAAUGUCUUAAAAAGAGAGGAACUGUCAGGUGACACACAUGAGACAACAAGGAAUAAGUUGGUGUUUUCAGGUACUUGAAGUGAAUCCCUUGUAGACAAGAACUAUAUACACUGCUAUAUCUCAAAUUCAAUGCUGCCUCUGUACCCAUUUUGCCAUUUUUUACUACCUAUUUUUCAUAAAUUUCAUAUUGUUUGAUCAGAUAUGCAACCAGAAUGGGCCCUUAAUACGACUAGUAGUCUCUCCCCGUGACAGUAUACCUUCACAGUUACGUUGCAUUUCUUACCACAUUUCUUGGAACUCUUGGGCGCUUUCCAUUUAGUCAAAAUUUCCGGAAUUUCCGGUUCGGCCGCAAACGGAACACGUUUCGUCGGUUCGUCCCGCUGGAAAAUUCCCAGAAAAAGUGGAAAAUCAAAAAGGUGGGCCCGUUUUCCCGGUUGGAAUUUGCGAACGGAAUGUCGUGUUCCAUUUACGUUUCUCGUAGUUUGUACCAGUUCCAGGUCCACGGUCGGGCACCGCGACGUACUGGGGUUUACGACCAAAUGGAACAACUUUUUACCGAUCGGAAAUUCCACUUUUACUCACACCGAGAUUUCCGGGUUUUUUUCCUAAAUGGAAAGCGCCCCUUGUCACGGUACGUCCUCCCUAAUGCAAAUUGGAGUAUCGUAUCCAUUUGCAAAUAAACGGAAAUAUCAAUAUUGGGAAAGCGGAAAAGAACUACACACAUGGAAAAGUCAAAAUAGUUGUUGGAGAAGGCUUGACACGAGAAAUCAGUUUUAGCCUAGUUUCUGAACGAAAUUUGACGAGUAUUAAAGGAGCAUUUUCACUCUGAGCUACGGCAUUUUAAUCGCGACAUUUGUAUGCCUUGUUAGAUAGUCCAAAAAAUCAACCAAGAGGUCAAUGUAUUUUGAGGCAAAUCCAACCACAACAGGCUUUUAAUCCUUUUUUUUGAAAAAACUCUUUCUUUUUCAACAAUAUUAAAGGCAAAAUGGGCCCUAAAUGCAAGUGGUAGUCUCUUCUCAUAUCAGAAACUCGCAUAACUGUACAGUGUAUGUACACUUUUACUGCUACGACUGUGAUCAGAUAGUCACGCGACAUUAUUUCUAAAAUGCCUUGUUUAAUAAUAAAUAUGAUAUUCCAAACAAUCAACCGAGGUUAAUGUAUUUUUGGUACUGACAAGUCAAAUUGACGACAGGCUGUGAAUCUUUCUAAAACAGCCUCUCUUGGGGGAACUACUCUUGCUCUGCGUAAAAACUAGAUAUUCGCAUUCAUAAGAGUCGACAGAAAUAGAUAAAAUUGUUGAUUCUUUUGCUAAAUUAUUGUUAGUUGAUUAUCAGUUUCAAUAUUUAUAUUUUGUGAUUGUCACACGGGACGUCUGAAAACCAGCAUGCUGAGCCAUUUACCGUGUUUAAAUAGAGUUGAUUGAUUGAUUGUAUCGUAUUUGAAUUUUAUUUUUACUCCAUCCUAUAAUACAUUAGCUUUACAAUAACACAAUAGUUGUACAAUAUCAAUAAUACAUUAGUUGUACAAUAUCAAUUGGUACAAAGUUGCUUAAACUACGUGUACAUAAUAAUAAUAAUAAAAGAAGAAAAUUAGAAUGGAGAAGGGCACAUUAUAGUGAAACUAAUCAUGGCCCUUUAACAAGAUUGACUUUAUUCUUUUGUAGUUUUGUUAUUCAUUAGGGAGCUUAAGCAACGGCGUUUUUGAGCGACGCACGCCAAUCGGAAGUGAGGUCUUUUUCAUUUUAAAGCACCUUGACGCUCCCAAAUUUGUAUUUCUAAGUGUCUUAACUAUUAUAGAGACGAGUUUUCCUAAAAGAUGGGCAAAACCACCGUCCAAAAAAUAAUGAAAAAAGUCCACUUCCUGUUGACGUGCGUCGCUCAAAAACGUCUUUGCUUAAGUUCACUAUUAAAACACAAACACGAACGCACGCACCCACACACGCAAAAGGAACUCUUACACAGGAACUCUUACACGAAAAAAACUAAAGUAUACGUAUUUAAAGACACAAAAAGGCCACAAAUAACGCAAACCACAGUAGCCUGUGAACAGGCCUUUAGUCGAGCGGGGUGGGCAGAGGGAGAAGCGAAAAGGCCUGUGGACAGACCUUUGGGGCCGCCGUUCCACGGCACCCGCUGUGCAUCAGAUCCUGAUGCAAGCUCCUAUUGGCGAGAACACUGAUUGUUGAGAGGUCUGAUUGACAUCGGCUUUUCGGUCGGCACGUAGCACGCGAUUUGAUCACAGAGUGGCAAUAACCACCCGGUCAAAAGACUCAAACUGUCUUUAAAAAAACACUAAGCUGGAGUAUAUAGUUACCGAAGCACCAUGCAAUUCUCCAUAGCUGAUGUAGCUUCGGUUUAAGCUGCAUUUCAAUAACAUCUUUUUAAACACUGACGAGCUGGGCCCAGCGUCAAAAUACAACAUUGCAGAAAACAUUACAUUCACGGACUAAAGAAAAUCGCUUAGUUAUUCAGAUCGAGAAGGCACUUUGGAGAAAAGUAAGACCCUUAUUCAGCCGCAAUAAAAAGCUUUACUCUUCAAAAGAGGUCAAAGAAAAUGCUCUUGCAUCAGAGGGAAAAUCCUGUCGACCAGAAACAAAAACCACAGUAAAUCGAUAUGUAUGCUAUGACCUCUCAGUGUGAAACAAGCGCCUAAAAUCACAUUUGCUCAAUGACAAUGUAGAACCUUCCAGAUAAUAAUCUACCCCGCAGAGGAAAAAACUUAUGCGAACAAGCAGCAUUUUGGCAUAAAGUAAAAGUCGUGUCGGCCUACCAUGUAAUUUCUGUCGGCGAUCGAAGCCCUGCUGAACUCUUUGUACUUGUCUUCGAAGCUUCACGUUCUGGAGAAGUCAUGAUAGUAUCCGUACCUUCCGCAUUCCAAGUUCGCUCAUUGCAGCGGCUUGUUAAAUUACAAACCGAACUAGCAAUACGAACGGCUUAUUAAUCCUCUUAGGGACGGACCAUUAGAAAAGUUAUGGGGGGGGAGGGGAAUUUUCGAGCUGCAAGAAUUUUUUUUCGUUAUCAAAUUCUUUGCACGAAUUUUAUUUAGGCCAUUGCAUGAAUACUUUUUAGGGUUAAUUGGCUUGCAUGAAUUUUUUUUCAUUUAAUUUUCCCUUGCGCGAAUAUUUUUUUUGUACUUCGCCCGCCCCCCCAUAAGUUUUCUAAUGGUCCGUCCCUUACCGGAGAUCAACGACUUUUUCCAAAAUCAACAAUGAGGUUCAUGCUCCAUUUCGCUUUGUUUUCAGACGGAGCAAAACACCACUCAUUUCCUGUUAAUUUUCCCAGGAGUUACCCACGCGCGAAAUUAAUUGACCGAUAACGAUCUUACUGACAGAUGAUCGGCAGGAUAAUUACAAGAGGCGGAAUAGCGGCCUCAAAUGUUUGUCUACAGGCUCUCUCCCCCCCAUUUCCCUUCCCUUUCCUCGCUAUUUUUCCCCAAACAGAGAGCCUGUUCACAGGCUAACCACAGCUUCAAAAAACGCGGCCAUCAUCAUCGCUGACCGCUGAUUGAUUGAAUUGAACCCUCAAGGCAGAGACCUGUGCCAUUCACGAGGAAACCAUUCGACUGUGACGUCUAAUCACUGUAUAUAACUAAGGGACGGACCAUUAGAAAAGUUAUGGGGGGGGGGGAAUUUUCGAGCUGCAAGAAUUUUUUUCGUUAUCAAAUUCUUUGCAUGAAUUUUAUUUAGGCCAUUGCAUGAACAUUUUUUAGGGUUAAUUGGCGUGCAUGAAUUUUUUUUCAUUUAAUUUUCCCUUGCGCGAAUAUUUUUUUUGUACUUCGCCCGCCCCCCCCCCAUAAGUUUUCUAAUGGUCCGUCCCUAACAGAACUUCCUUAAAGAACCCAAGUUUCGCCGUCACCUAUAUAGGAUGGUUUGCACACAUUUGACACAGCAUUUUCUGUGUUAUUUUACAUGAGAUAUUAUUAUGUCUGCAAUAGUGACAACAGUGUUCAAAGCAACAAUCGGUUUGCUUUUACGAAAAGGAAGAGCAACUGCAGCGGAAAAGCUUAAAGAAGGUGAUGUUGUUGAUCAGAAAUUCCGUCGCUUGAUCUUGCGCGAAAUUGACGAUGUCAAAUCCAAGUUGGAUGGACUAGCAAGAAAGGACUUAUUAUCAAGCUUCAGCUCAUUUGCAGAAGGUAUCCAGUAUUUGUAUGAAGUGUUUGGCAGAUCAAAGACAAUAAUCGAAUUUGAAGAUGUUAGCACUGAUCAAAGGGAGAUAAGAACUCUCACGAGACGAAUGAAUUUCAUAGAUGAGACAGACCUGCAGGAUGAAUCAGUUAGAAAAACACUAGAAAUCGCGAAAAAGAGGUUUGAAUACGCUCGUGAGAAAGCUAGAGAUGCCUUUGCCAAUGAGGCACUGGAUUUGCGUGAUCGCAUUCUAGCCAUGCAGUAUCGAGUUAUGGCAACAAUACUACAGAAUUGUGAAAGCCCCCUAGAUGCACUGCCAGCAUGUAGAGUUUGCUUGGAGGAACUGCACUCUUUGACCGCUGUUAAGGAGUAUUUUGACGUGCAGCUCAAUAAAGGAUUCCGGGCCCGAUUUAGCAAAGACGAAAGGCGAAAAGUCAUAUCUGCCGUCUGCCAUCUUAAUCGAGUUAUUUACGAUGUUACCCUCAUGGUUGGAUUUGGCCUAAGAGAAUGGCCCUGCGUUGACACGGGCAAAGAGAAAAUUGACCCGAUGCGUGACGAAAGACUUACAAAACUUCUACGAAAACAAGGCAUGGAACGCUGUUUCGUCAAACCGUGGUCGUUUGGUCAGGAGGGUGAAAAAGAACAAAUAUUAAAAAGUCCUGUGGGUAUCGCUACGAAUACGCACGAGCAGCUCAUUGUUGCGGACGAUGGGGAUAAAUCAAUCAAGAUGUUUAACAGCAACGGGGACUUCAAAAGCUGCGUUUAUCUGCAAAGUGAUGAUGACAAUACAGAGCUGCAUAUCCUUGAUAUUGCUACUGACGAAUAUAGCAAUAGCUAUGUACUGAUCGGACGUAAGAAGUCCCGGACCAAAGAAAAUGAGCUGGAAGUUAGAAAAUUCAACGCAACAACUUCCCUUCUUUGCACGUUUUCUGUGAAAAGAGGGCCGUGGGGACAGGGUAAGCUGACAAUUUGUAGCGGAAACAUCCUGAUAUUAAGAGGAUCAGGAUCUGGAGAUGUGGUAGAAGUGUAUAAAGGCGAUGGAAGAUUUGUUCUUAGCUUCGGUGGGGGACUGCUUAAAAGUCCAAGAGAUAUCACUGCCACUGGGGACCACGUUAUGAUCAUGGACACUGAUGAGUGUAGCGUCUACCUUUUCACUCUAAAGGAAAAACAAAAAGCCAAAAUCACUGUCGACAUUCGUGGAGAUCACCAUUUGAGAGCUGCAUUCCAUCCUACAGGUGAACAAUUUGUUGUGGCCGGGUACGAAAGAGAGACGUCGUGUUUGAUAAUGGAAGUUUUCACCACCGCGGGAGAGUUUGUACGGAGGAUUCAGUUCGAUGAAGAAAACACUGAUUGGCUGGGAGGAAUCACAGUGACCAUGGAGGGUCAGGUUGCUGUAAUAGUCGGAGGGGAGAGUGAGAGCUGCAAGGUGAGGAUAAUUACCAUGUAAACAAGACUGAUUCGUUCUGUCAAACCAGUUCAUCAAUACGAUUUGCAGCGAAAAGGAUCGAACCUGACCAUUCUUUCAAAGCAAUUAGCUUAGCAAUAAAGUAGGGUCAUUGUGGAAUUCUAUAGUCACCAAACCUGACUAGAUACGGCAAGACAGGGUUAGUUCUUUUAAGGUGACUCGACCCAGUUAUUUUGUGAGGGUACCAUCCUACUUUGAAGCUCUAUGGUAUCCCCACCUUUACUUUGAUCGUAAGUCCAACAUAUAGCAUGGAUAACAUAUAGAUCAAUCUAUAAUAUAGCAUAAAGUUUUGGCGAUCGGAGUAAAUGUCACGUGGUUAAAGUGCCACGCCUCUUUCGGGUCUGAGUCGAAAUUCUGCUGUUGCCGGCAUUUUUUCGCGAAAAUCUCUCGGCUGCAUAUAGUGCGCAUUAGUGCCUUGCGUUGAACAAAGUUUCACGAAAAUCGCAAAGACCCAAUUCGAGAAAUUCAAUGGUUUGCUAAUUUAGGUCAUAAUUUAUGUAAAAAUGAUAAGCAAACUCUAAUAAACUAUGAGAUUUAUCUCUUUAUUUUGGGGAUGUUUAUAACAGAUGGGUCCUUGCAAGUCAGUAAAAAGCUUUAGGGCCUUCUAAAUGCGCGCGAUUUCGAACGAUGCAAACAUAUAGAAAUUAGAGUUUUUUUGUUGACGUCUGUCAGCGUUUAAGAGUCCUUCUCACGAAAAAAGCAUUUUAUUAAAAAUUCGUAGUUUUUUUCCCUUCAAAUUUUUUUUCCGGGCCGCAAUUGAUUAACUAACUACCCGGAUUCUGAAUUUCAUGGUCGUAUGAUGGUACCCCCACAAAAUAACUGGGUCAAGUCACCUUAAAAAGGUUAGUUACCACAUUGAAUGAUCUCGAAGGCCUAUGACUUUACUGCGUUUCCUUCUCGCAUCAGCACAACCUCGUUCUUUUUCAUAUUUCUAUGUAUUAUUGUGAAGUAUUUAAUGGCUAUUUUUGAGAUCGUGCUUGCUUCAUUGAGUGGAAUAAGGUUAUCCCUGUUUUGAACUUAUGUUUUUACUCGUACUUCAAUUUAUGCUUGGCUCGAGAAUUAACUUUCCUUUCAAUACAGUAAAACCCAGCGACUAAGAACCUGGUUUUAAAAAACCUGUUAGGCUAUAGCCUAAAAAGAGCAUGCGAUUUACUGUUUUGAGAAGUACAUUUUGUAAAACUUUUUCGCGUUACAUUUGUGACAAACAACAUAAGCUUGCCACUAGUAGACUAUAUGCCUAUGACAAGUAGAUGGGAAAUUCAAAAUUAAAUGUUUCGAACGCCAGUUUACUGCUUUUUAGCGACAUUUUAAGCGCUCAAAACGUGGUUCGAGUUAUGGAGGGUAAAAUUGUCCCCAGGAAAAUUGUAUAGAAAUGAUCAGAGGGAUAACAAAAAUUACUCAGUCGAGUUAGCGGGAGGUUCGAAUUAUUGAGGGUUGGGGUUACUGAGGGUGAAAUUACAGUAAAUAUAUGAAGGAAAUCCAGGGGAAAUCGAGUUUGGUUGGAGUUAUCAGGAGGCGACUUUUAUGAAAAUUAUGCAUGCCAAUCACGUGCUCGUUCUGAUAUGGAAUUACUACUCAAAGUAAUUUGAAAAAUUGUGAUUUCUAAUAUUUUCCUUGGCAUAUAUGUUCCUAGUAAGGAUUUGCGUAUUUGUCAGCGUCUUGUUCACUUGAAGCAUAGUGAAAAUGAAGAGUAAAGGACUUAAGUUUGAAUGGGGAAGGAACCUUGUUGCAAUGUUUGUUGGAAUUAUUAUGAUCCAGUUAAUUGUUUUAAAUGUAAAAGUAACUUAUCUACUUUAUUUUAUUAUACUUCCUCAAAGCCUUGUAGCCUGCUUAAUGUUCGUUUCCAAGUCAGUUACUGAUAUUAAUGGUGUUUUACAAAUACGAAAUCUAAUGGCUGUUCUGUUAAUUAGGAAAGCCGAAUUUGACGCGACGUUUUCUGGAGUAUGUGAUGUGGGAUGCUUAUUGUUAACGUUUUGUGUUUGGUUUUAAGUGAUUAAUACUUCUUAAACCACAAAUUACGUUGUGAUGUAACUGUUUCGUCUGUGUAAAGCAUAAGAAAGGAAAAAGUUAGCUGUAUAAUUGCUUCUAAAUAAAAAAUCUGACUAGAGAGUUUGAUGGUCGCAAAGGCGCAAUUAGAGCAUGAUUUUGAAAUGUUACAUUAGAAAUUGUCACAAUAUCUCGUCAAACAAUUUGUCUUAGUCCAUCUUAUAGGUAUAAAGGAGACUAGUUGUGACAGCCAGCGCAAAUCGAAGGUUCAAAGACGCUGCAGGUUAAGUUGACAGCAGCCCCUUACAGCGAACAAUCGCUUCCAAUCAUUCAGACAAUAUCACAUAACAAUUUAUGUAGGCGUUUUUAUUGGUCUUUUCGACUACGUUAUUAUGUUGUUGUGCAUAGUGCUCUUUCAGGGUACAAAAGCGGAACAUAUGGAAAUAGUAAUCUAUAGGGCAACUUCAGUUUUUUAUGUAAGGUAAAAGCGAGAAGCAGCUGGAAAGAUUUUCUGCUUAUAAAAACAGAACGAAAGAAGAUUUUUCCGUUUUCGCUGAAGGUUUAGUACCUAACCAGAGCAAGAUAAAAAAGAAGAAUUUCCUUUCAGGUAACUAAUGGGUUUUUUUGCUCUUUCUAUUUUUUGUUGCUUUGGUUAAUAUAAACGGAUAUGCGCGAAGAAGCUUAAGAUACUAAGUUAAUGGGUUACGUUAGGUUGUUGAAUAAAGGGAUGUCCCUGUACUUAAACUUGAUUCAAGACGAGAGAAAGUUCAUUUAUUGAGACAGAAAUAUUAUUUCGUGAAAAUGACAUUUUUCCAUCCAUUUCAAAGCAUACACUGUGGCUGUCGUUUGACCGUCGUGGACUGAAAUUGGUUUGUACUGAUCCCAUCCCAUUUUGUCAGAUCUUAAUAUUCUAGCUGAAGUGAUCCACAAAUGACAUACCGAUUUAUAACACGUAUUUUACGUCAAAGAAAAAUGUCUGUAUGCGUGGAAAAAAUAGGGAAGCUUUUAUAGUGUCAUGGCCUCUGAGUAGACCGGUUACAGGUAUAAGAUAUUUUUCUACAUUACAAUGUUUUUCUUGUGAAAAUAUUACCAGCUGUCCUUUUUCAGGCAAUGAUCUAUCCAUUUUCUCUUAAUAGUACACCGAUGAAUGUGAAAAACUCACGCGGUGCUUUCCGUAAUGAUAGAGGGGAGGAUUCCUAAUGGGGUUCUUCAAUGCCGUCAUGCCGAACCAAAUUUUCGCUCAAUCUCGUUAUAACGAUGAUUAUUUUUGGCAUUUUGCAUAGCGUGCACUCUUUCAUACCCGAAUCUUGCCUGCAUUUUGCUUUGAAAUACCGACUUUGAAAUAAGGCCAAUCCCGGAUCCCUAAAAACCUAUUGGAGACCAAUAGCCUGUUGGCAGAUGAUUCAUCUGUCUCCAGUAUCGAGCUACUUGGCCAAGAGAUUAAUGUUGCCGUGCAUCUGUGCCGUAAGUGAUAAGAACAAAAAAGUGGCAUACGACCCGUAGGUCAUCCUCGGAGACCCAGGGGCAGAUAAAGGGGGCGAGGGAAAGUCUAAACGGGCGGAAAAAUAUAUACGGAACGAAAAAAAGUAAAGAAUGGCGAGAAAAGCCCCUGGGGACAAUGUCUUACCAGACUAGUUCCAAACGGUCGCCCCCGUUCUGGCUUCUAAUUGGUGUCAGAAAACUUGUGUUUUUCUGGCACCAAUCAGAAGCCAGAACGGCGGCGACCGUUUGGAACUGGUCUGGUAAGACAUCGUCCCCAGGGGCUCUUCUCGCCGUUCUUUACUUUUCUUCGUGCCACAUUUUUCCGCCCGUUUAGACUUUCCCUCGUCCCCACUAUCUGCCCCUGGGUCUCCGAGGAUGCCCGUAGGUGAGUGUGUCACUGAUUUUCAAUUUCAUUGCAAAAUUAACAGUUACUAAUUUCGGCUUUCGUACGAUGUGAAGAAUUAUGCAGUCGAAGAGGAUGCUAUCCACGGAGGCGGAAUUCUUUGCAUCAUGCGAAAGCCGAACUCAAUUACUGUUUUAUUGUUAAUUCAAGCUAUUUUUUAUUUCUUAUCAACCUCACCUGCUCGUAGGCUUUACCCAAACAUUUACCAGAUGUUGCAGAUACUCCUUAAAAAGAACUUGUUAUCCAUCGAAAAAAUGUUUUUUUUGCUUAUUACUGCGUUUCUUCCGUUUAGUUUUAUUGAGAAAUUCGGUCAUUUGGUCUUCGGAUUGCCGUGAACGCCUUUUUUUUUUAUCUGAUUUCUAUCACUAUUACUUACUUUUGUUCGAUAAACAGCCAGGGCGCACUUAGAAACGAGGUUAUUCGAUGGUGCAGUGUAUAAUUAUUCUUGCAUGUUCCAAAUGCGGUAAACUUCGGCUAGUUAUGAAAAAUUGCGAGUUAUGUCCGGAAAAAUCCUUUCGUAAACAGCUGCUUCUCUUUCCAACCUCAGGCUCAGGGUUUCUUGUCGUCCUGUCCCCUGUAGUAAGAGAUUGAACAGCUUUGAACCGAAAAAAUAAAACACUCCUCCCUUACAUGUAUUUGUACGCUAUAAGAAGUACUACGCGUUGUGCACGCGCUUGCCUUACCAGUGUGUUUUUUGCAGGUAAGAUGUUAAAUUUUCAGCCAGCAAAAAGGAAACUACAUUACCUCUUCAUCUUUUUUCUCGUUUUUACGUGGCUGGGCCUUGAAGGAGCUCUUGCUAUGCAAGGUGAGUCGAACAAAGAAGCUCGAUUAGGUACUGGAAUGGCUAUAUGUUUAACGUCCAAAAUGGGAAACCCGUGAUCGGACAUGAAGAGAUCUGCUAUUUCCCGUUCUUUGCCCGCCCUUUAAAUCUCUCCUUAAAGGGCUUUGAGUUACCGCUAGUCCUUGUAACUUCUUUUUUUAAAAUAGGUUGUGGUGCAGUGAUGAACAAUACACUGAAAAGUCCUCGUUAUCCUAGCAAAUACCCAGGCCGCAUGGACUGUGUGUACAGG